GUGUGUCAAGUCGUAAAACACUGAGUAAACUAAAAUUUCAUUUAGCUCUUUCUAGCCAAUAUCAUGUGACAUGUAUUAAAAUCGAAGAGCUGAGUAGAAAUUUGCGUGCAGUCUCCACGAAAGUAUAAAUCACAAGAUCAAAAUCUACCCAGUUUAUACGUGACUGAACUUCUUUCUGUGCUUAGCGCUAAGACCCAAGCACUCAACUGAAAGAACUCGGCUUCGAGGUGGCAUGAGUUUAAUCGAUAAUAGCUUUCUAGUCUGAUAUAUAGUUUUUGGAAAAUUGACAUUGUCCGGGAAAGAACAAUGUUGAUUUUGUUCUGACUAUGCUGAGGUUUCUGGAUCAUGAAUGCUUAAGAGAAAUUAGAUGAAAGAAGAUUGGUUAAACUUUGUGGAACUAGAUGAACCAGGAUCAAUUAAAUUUAGUGGGAUUAGAUGAAAGUGGAAUGUUUAAAUUUUGAAGAAUCUUUUUCAACUGUGAUUUUAACCUGAAUAAUGGAAAUAGAUGUGCUGCUGGUGAGUAUAGAUCUGUUCUUCUGACAAUAAUUAACACAGAAAUAUAAGUCAAGUUGAAAUGUUUUAAAACACUAAAUUUCGACAAUGAAGAGAAACUUGAAAUUUACAAAUCACGUCACCUGAAUGCUGUAACACAAUGAGUGACGUCAUAGCGCCCAUCGUGGCGGAUGUGGACGAUCCAUCUUCGAGUGGAAAAGGGGAACCCGCCAAUGGGCCCCUUCCCGAAAUAGGGGCUCCUACGAAUGGGGCCCCACCGGUUCGAAAGAUGCGAUCCGGUGCGUCCAGCGUCGGACAGCAGUCAAGCAGGCUUGACCACUUGAAGAUUUCCACUAUCCGGCAACAUUAUUACCCGGAAGGUGGCUGGGGCUGGGUGGUCUGUGUUUGUGCAUUCUUGGUGAACGCCCUGACAAGCGGAUUACUGCUGUCUUAUGGAAUCUUCAACAGGGAAGUGCUUCAUGAAUUUGGGCAGGAACAUGAACAGCAAGCGAUGUGGCUGGGAUGCACGAGCGUGUCGCUGAGCCUCCUCUCGUCCCCCAUCAUCGUAGGCAUAUGUAGGCGCAAAAGCACUCGCUUGACCGCCGUCUUCGGAGGACUGGUUGCUGCACUCGGAUGCCUCUUCACUUCUUUCGCAUCGCAAAUGCAUCAAGUGUUCUUGAGUUACGGUCUAGUGAUGGCCAUUGGACUCAGCUUGGCUCGAGUGACAUCCUUUCUCAUGAUUGGCCAGUACUUUAAGAGGAGGAGAGAGAAAGUGGAGGCUGUCGUCAUCUCUGGAAUAGGAUGCGGAAUCGUACUCUUUUCUUAUAGCUUUACUAAAAUUAUCCGGAUGCUGGGCUGGCGCCUGGGCUUGCACGCCGUGACUGGCUUGGCAGCAGCUCCCUUUUUUCUGGGCAUCUGUUAUCGUUCGGCAUCCCUGUAUCACCCUCAGCGCCGAGCCAUCCUCCACCUCAAGAAUCAACGCAAGAAGAUCAAAGACAGGACGGCGAGGGGACCUCCCUUCUUCGAUUGGUCGCCCCUUCGAUCUGCGACAGUGCUUCUCUGCAUGUUCUCCGCUGCUCUGUGCGCCCCUGCCAUCUAUGCGCCUUUCUUCCAACUCAUACCGCUCGUUGUGUCUUCGGGCCUUGGGGACGAGGAGUUGUUGCUAUUACAACUGCAAUUAGGAGCAGCAUUCACAAUCGGUUGUUGGUGCUCAGGAAUAUUGUUGUCACGGAGGGGACCCGACUGUCUCGUCGGCUGCAAACAACUCUGCCAAGCAGCCAUGGUUGCACUUGGGCUUGCCCAUCUUUCUUCGCAAGCGGCACAAGGUUACGCUGGUUUUUCACUGUUUACAUGGCUGUUGGGAUGGCCAUGUGGAAUUCUUCAGCAUGCUUUGCGAAUGAUGGUAAUGGAGAAGGGUCGUGCUAAGAGCUUCAGCCGAACCUGGGCUUUCGUGGAAUGGGCACAGGGAUUACUCGUCCUGCUCGGAAUUCCGGCCAUAAAUUGGCUGAAUACGAGUCAAGGCCUCCGUUCCGGGUUCUAUCUGGCUGCGGCUUGUUCUCUGUCUGGAGCAGUGACGCUGACUUUCCUCGGACUUCCACAACGAAGGAGUUGGAGGGGUGGCACUCAAGGAUCCUGCAGCACCUGCACUUCCCAGGCCCCAUCCUGCUGUUGCACACAGGAUUUGAACAUCACCCACAGCCGUCAAGACUCAUCGGGAAGUCAUCAAAAGUGUCAAAAAACUAUCUCGUUCAGUGACACUGUGGAUGUGGCUGACGACCUGGACAGUGGACCUCACGAGGCUCACGACCAUAUCAAGCAAUCGCUUGACCACCGAUGGGAUGAUGACAUGAACGAUUAUGAUGGUGACAGACUGGAUGUGGACAAUGCAAAUGCAGAUGUUAACAUGUGUUACGAUGAUGAUUGUGUUGCGAAUAAUGUGACAGUGGUUAUGGAGGACAGGAAAUUGUUCAACAGGUACGGUUGCGGACACUUACUGGAGGAUGAUCCUGUUGUUGAAGAAAAACCGGCAGCCGCGAGACAAAUGACUGUAAUAGAAGAAGUAACUAGCAGUGUAUAAAGAAAAAAUUUGCCUACGAAAAAUAAAAUUAUCGGAUUUUAUCCA